UUUUACCCUUUACGGCUAUAAUGAUUUGAGAGAAGCCGUGUUUCUUCUCUCUCUGUCCCGCACUUCAGUUUAAAUGUGAAUCCAUCCCUGCUCACUCCAUUCCUCUCUCUCUCUCUCUCUCUCUCUCUCUCUCUCUCUCUCUCGUGUUGAAGAUGUCGCUCAACAUGGCGGUUCUGCUGUGUUUUUCUCUCUUUGCCAUGGCUGCUGUGGCUGAAGAUCCCUACAGGUUCUUCAGCUGGAAUGUUACCUACGGAGACAUUUAUCCACUUGGUGUUCGUCAACAGGGAAUACUUAUCAACGGUCAAUUCCCAGGUCCAGACAUUCAUUCUGUUACCAACGACAACCUCAUCAUCAAUGUCUUCAACAGCUUGGACCGACCCUUCCUCCUAUCCUGGAACGGGGUGCAGCAGAGGAGGAACUCUUUCGAAGACGGGGUUUCGGGAACAACGUGUCCCAUUCCUCCAGGAGGGAACUUCACAUACAUACUUCAGGUGAAGGAUCAGAUUGGAAGCUUCUACUAUUUCCCAUCUCUUGCAUUCCACAAAGCUGCCGGUGGAUUUGGAGGUAUUAGGAUUUUGAGCAGACCCAGAAUUCCGGUCCCUUUCGACGAUCCCGCCGGUGAUUACACUGUCCUCAUCGGAGAUUGGUACAAAUUCAACCACACGGAUUUGCAGGCUAUUCUUGAUAGAGGUAGCAGGCUGCCUUUCCCUGAUGGAAUCCUCAUCAAUGGUCGUGGCUCUAACGGAGCAUCUUUCAAUGUGGAACAAGGAAAGACGUACAGGCUGAGAAUAUCAAAUGUGGGGUUGGAAAAUUCCCUGAAUUUCCGCAUACAGAACCACAAUUUAAAGCUGGUAGAAGUGGAAGGAACGCACACGGUUCAAACAACCUACUCAUCUCUUGACGUGCACGUGGGCCAGUCUUACUCUGUUCUGGUCACUGCGGAUCAACCUGCUAAGGACUAUUACAUCGUGGUCUCUUCUCGAUUUACAUCUACAGUCCUCACCUCCACUGCCAUUCUUCGCUACAGCAACUCCGCAGGCCCAGUAUCCGGCCCACCCCCUGGUGGACCUACCAUUCAGAUUGAUUGGUCUCUCAACCAGGCCCGCUCCAUCAGGACGAACCUGACAGCAAGUGGACCAAGGCCGAACCCGCAAGGGUCGUACCACUACGGUCUGAUAAACACGACGAGGACCAUCAUACUGUCUGGUUCAGCUGGUAUAGUGAAUGGCAAACAGAGAUACGGAAUCAACAGCGUGUCUUACGUUGCUCCGGACACUCCUCUGAAGCUCGCAGACUACUUCAAAAUCCAAGGUGUUUUCCGUGUCGGAAGCAUUUCUGACAGGCCCACUGGAGGUGGCAUUUACCUUGACACAUCUGUUUUGCAAACCGACUACAGAGCAUUUGUGGAGAUUGUCCUCCAAAACGACGAAGACGUCAUUCAGAGCUACCAUCUCGAUGGCUACUCUUUCUUUGUGGUUGGUAUGGACGGAGGACAGUGGACGACUGCUAGCAGGAACGAGUACAAUCUUCGAGAUGCAGUUUCGCGGAGCACCACUCAGGUAUAUCCCAAGUCAUGGACUGCUAUCUAUAUUGCGCUUGACAAUGUGGGAAUGUGGAACUUGAGAUCUGAAUUUUGGGCACGGCAAUACCUUGGCCAACAGUUUUACAUGCGCGUUUAUACAACAUCAACCUCAAUCAGAGAUGAAUAUCCUGUUCCAAAGAAUGCACUGCUGUGUGGUAGAGCAAGUGGGAGACACACUCGACCCCUCUGAGCUGCCAAUAUCAAAAGCAGUUUACUUUUCUCCUUCUCAUUUUUCAAUUUAUUUGUUUCGGUAAUUUAUGCUAUUAUUGAUGGUAUGAUUACGACGGACAUGUUUGAUUUGAGCCACAGGUGACCCCAGCUCGAGGUCGCGUUAAUUCUUUUCCAGAAAAAAAAAACAAUAUUUUAUUCUAUUGUAAUUUUCCGAAAUUUACUGUUUUUAUUGCAUAUUAAUGUUGG